CCCUCUCUCCCUCUCUCUCUCUCUCUCUCUCUCUCUCUCUCUCUCUCUCUCUCCCCCCCCCCCCCCCCCUCUCUCUCUCUCUCUCUCUCUCACCCCCUCUCUCAAAUCCCUCUGAUAUUCUUCCCCAGCAAUAACCUCUACGCUGGAUACCGUCUGGGAGUUUGGAGAAAAGCUACUUUUUGAGAGGGAGGGGACAAAAAACAACAACAACUGUAUUCCACACACACACACACACACACACACACACACACACCCACACACACUUACACACGCUUACACCAGAGCCCGGCGUGGAAUGGCUGAGAAAAGGAGAUCGCCGUCUACAAUGAGUUUGAAAGCUCACGCUUUUUCGGUGGAAGCGCUGAUCGGAGCGGAAAAGAAGAGGAAACUGGAGGAUCACUGCGUGAACGGCGUUGAGAUGAAAGAUGUAGCAGCCAGCCAGGCCGUGAACGCGUCGAGUAAGGACCGGGGCUCGGACGAGGAAAGGAACUACGGCACCGAGUACAGCGAGAGAGCGGUUGUAAACUGUGACAACGCCUUGGAGCCUCCGUCGCCGCCGGUAGCCACCAAAGCCUAUGUACCGCCAAAGUGCAGCACUUCUCGGGAGGAUAUCCACGCCGACCUUCAAGGUGCUGACCUGUGGAAGAGGUUUCACGACAUCGGCACCGAGAUGAUCAUCACCAAGGCUGGAAGGCGGAUGUUUCCAGCUAUGCGAGUGAAGAUCUCUGGCCUGGAUCCACAUCAGCAGUAUUAUAUCGCCAUGGACAUCGUUCCAGUGGAUAAUAAACGCUACAGAUACGUGUACCACAGUUCUAAAUGGAUGGUAGCCGGCAACGCGGAUUCCCCUGUUCCUCCUCGGGUUUACAUCCAUCCUGACUCUCCAGCCUCGGGAGACACCUGGAUGCGGCAGGUGAUCAGCUUCGACAAACUCAAACUCACCAACAACGAGCUGGAUGACCAGGGACAUAUAAUUUUACAUUCGAUGCACAAGUACCAGCCCAGGGUACACAUCAUUCGGAAGGAGUGUGGAGAGGAAUUGUCUCCUGUCAAGCCAAUUCCUAGAGGAGACGGGGUGAAACAUUUUUCCUUCUCCGAGACCGUCUUCACCACAGUGACCGCCUACCAAAACCAACAGAUAACCAGACUGAAGAUCGACCGAAAUCCCUUUGCAAAAGGGUUCCGCGAUUCGGGACGAAACAGAAUGGGUUUAGAAGCGAUUGUGGAAUCCUACGCUUUCUGGAGACCUUCUUUGCGCACCCUCAGCUUUGAAGACAUACCUGGAAUUCAGAAACAAGGUGGAACGUUGCCUUCAUCUGCCCAUCAGAGCCUGGGGAAUGGUCCUCCAACACACCGCCUGCCCGGCUCUUCCUGUCCAUCCCCUGCUUUCCAUCUGGCCCAGAACAGUGGGCAGCUGUGCAACCUGAGCCCGACGGACUUUGCCACCUGCAACCGCACCGGCCUGGCCUUCAACCGCUACAGCAGCAGCCUCGCCGAGACUUACAACCGCCUCGCCAACCCCAGCACCGAGACGUUUGGCGCCCAGAGGACGCCGUCCUACAUCGGCGUGGCCAACACCGGCAGUGUGAACAUGUCAAUAGCCGGCAGCGACGGAGACGCGUUCAACUGCCACCAGGCCGGUUUACCCGUGCCCAUCUCUGGGAUCUCAUCUCCCCAGCUCCAGUACAUCAUGCCUUCCCCGUCAAAUAACGCUUUCACCGCCAACCAGGCCCACCAGGGGUCCUACAGUACUUUCAGACUGCACAGCCCGUACGGUUUGUACGGGUAUAACUUCUCCACCUCCCCCAGGCUGGCAGCCAGCCCUGAGAAGAUCAUCUCUGCCCAAGGAGGUUUCCUGGGUUCAUCUCCCAGCGGAACCAUGACCGACCGACAGGUCUUGCCCACUGUGGACGGGAUGCACAUUCUCAACGGCAGCCAGCAAAAUAUGUUUGACGCAAGGUCCUUAGGGAACUUGACAGCCUCAUCGUCCCAGAUCCCAGCACAUUUAGUUUGAGAGGGUGACUGCAUUGGGUGAAACGCGUGCUGUAACUCAUGAAACAUCCAUUGGAGAUUCUUCCGUUCAUCGACACUUUCGCCGUUAUGAAAUACGUUUCUCAACAGUGUCAGUAACAGGACCUGUACUGAACACCUGGAGAGUGGAACAACUUUGGACUUUGCAUCUGCUGAAGUGGUUUGUUCCCGUAGCACAUAUGUUGUUUUGGGCGAUAAGGGACUUCCACUGUGCUUCCUGAACGGAUUCAAAGGACUAAGGGACACUUGACGUGCAAAAGAAGGGCACUUGUUUUCAAAAAUCAUUAUCUGUAUCUUGUAUAUUAUUGUCUGCUUUUGAGUUGGCUAUUGAAUUCUCUGACUCGGGCAGAGCUAAUGGAUUUGGUUAUAAUGUGAAGUUGAUCAAGACCCUUGGAUGCAACUUGGAUGUACAACAAUGAAUCUCUUUCAACAUUCAACCUCACAUGAACUUACAAGCACCAUUCUUUGGCCCAUCUGGUGGCUUUUCCUUCCUCGCCUUCAGCUUUCUGUUCCACGGCCCUGAGAUUGUUGACCUGGAGUGGCAUGCGGGUCUUAUCUAAUUGGAUCAUUUGAGGUCUUGGCCAAGGAGCUUUUGGUUUUCCAUGAGUCUAAGCUGUGAUUGUGAAUAGACUGCCAAAACAAUGGGUAUCACCACAGCUAAAGCUGAUCCUGUCUGAACCUAAUGGUCGCACAAGUGCACUUUUCAUAGGAUAAUGUGUACAGCCACAUGUAUGCAAGCAAUAUUACAUGGAUGGUCUAUCCUGCCUUACAACAUUGAGUGCAACAGUUUCCCCCCCCACACUACAAAGACGUACAGGUUUGAGGGUUAACUGGCUUCGGUAAAGAUUGUAAAUUGUCCCCAGUGUGUGUAGGACAGCGUUAGUGUGUGGGGAUUGUUGGUCAGCAUGGACUCGGUGAGCCGAAGGGCCUGUUUCCGCGCUGUAUCUCUAAACUAAACUAAAUUAGCCAUUAAUUAAGACACUCAAUACAGGUAGAGAUCAUUCCCCCAGUAUUCUUAGAUUAAUCUUCAUGACAUCCAUGCAGUUAAACUGAACUAAUAAUCAAUUUCUUCCUCCUUUUCAUGCCUUUAAAAUCAUUUGUUGUUUUAAAAAGUCGGCCUGUUUAAAGCCUUCAUAAUUACCAUUACAAAUGCCAAUCACCACACUAAGUUAUAAGGCUAAAACCAAACCAAUGAUAUAUGCAAUUUAACAUGAAAUGCCCCCCAAAAUGUAGAAAGCAAAUUUAUAAUUCAGGACUAUAAGAAGAUGCUUGCCUUUUUAUGGCAACAAAAUAAAAGCAAUUUUUAUGCGGGGUGAAAUAAUUAAUUCUUUCUCUACUUUUGGUUCAUGAUUGUCUUUGAAAAUAAUCAGAGCACCAAUUUAAGAGAUAAUUAUUUCUGCAAUCUUUCUUAUCGUAUGGAACAGAAAUAUAGGUUAAUGUGAUGCAAUCCAAAGCAAUGACUGCAUUAAGGAAUCUUAUGUACUUAGAAUUUCUGGAAGAAUGGUUUUCAAAAUUGUGCGUAUAGAAAAUGUAAAAUUUCAUAUUUUAAGCGGUGAUGUUUGAAAAUCACAGGUCCAAUUUAUAGAAUUAAUAUUACAUAAAAUUAAUAGAAAGUCUUUAAUGUCUAAGAUUAAACAAUUCGCAAAAGAGACAACAAUGAUAUAUUUCUAAAAUAUACUUUUAGAAUAUUUUACCAAUAAUGCCCACAUUUUGUUGAAACUGAUCCUGAAUAAGACAGCACGGUGGCACAGCGGUAGAGUUGCUGCCUUUCAGUGGCAGAGACCCGGGUUCGAUCCUGACUAUGGGUGCUGUCUGUACGGAGUUUGUACGUUCUCCCCGUCACAUGCGUGGGUUUUCUCCGGGUGCUCCGGUUUCAACCCACACUCCAAAGACAUACAGGUUUGUCAGUUAAUUGGCUUGGUAUAAUUGUAAAUUGUCCCUAGCGUGUGUGGGAUAGUGUUAGUGUGCAGAGAUCGCUGGUCGGCACGGACUCAGUGGGCCGAAGGGCCUGUUUCUGCACUGUAUCUCUGAACAAAACAAAACUAAACUAAAGACACUUAGGCUGCUGCUCACAAACUGAUUAUGGCCCCUUUCAUGAAGCUGCUAAAGUAAAAUAUAAACGUUUCCGACUUAACUCCAAUGUUUUAGCAAACAGUUCCUGUGCACCAGGAACGAUAGUAAUAUCUUGGAAAUGUAAUAAUGCCCCUCACAAAAAAGCACUUGAAAUGACUACAGGAAAUACUAAUUCACAAGGAAUAUAUGAUCUGAAAAAUAUCUCCUAUUCGGGAAGAAUUUUUUAUUCUCAAGUAUCUUGGGUUACAGUAUAUCUGCAAUAGGAUUAAAAAAUAAAAAUAUCUUACAAGAAUGUUUGUCCCUGCUCUCUCUGCUUUUGGAAAUAUACAUGCCGAUAUUUACAAGAUUCUGGUAUUCAAAGCAAUUUUGUCAGUGGUGCAUGAUAGGACUUUUGAAGUAACAGUUGUAAUUGGGGUAAGAUUGUGAUCUUAUUCACAGUGAACAGUACCAGCAUCCCAUCACAAGGACUGCGGUCUCCCUCUCUCUCCUAUUCUGUGUUGCACCGUACCAUAAGUGCCAAGUUUUCUUCUCCUUUUUUGUUACUCAGCUGGGAGGAAGUAUGUCUAAAUUAUCAACCGUGAAUAGCUUUGUCAAAUAUUGUUGGUGUAACUUUCAAAAUGUUUAAAAGUGUAAAUAUGUAACUAUGAUACUGCAAAAUUUUACUGGCAAUAAAAUAUGUAGACUUUACACGAA